AUGGAGGAACGAGAGGAACAGGAUCAAGGUCGUGUUCAGGCUGCAGUUCCAGGCGACCCAGGUACCUUCAGCUUCGAGUACUUGCAUUUAUCUGGUUUUGGGGUAUCCAUUGGGGGGGGAUCCUGGGCUCUUCCAUGCAGUGGGGAGGAUGAUUUCCCCCCUCCACCCUCGGUUGAUCUCUGCCAGAAUUCGAAGCCGUGGGUCGCGAUCUCGUCGAUGCGAGGAUGUUAAGAAUCCAUCUGGUUUAUCUCGUGAUUCACAGGUACCUCCGUCGAAAUGGGAAAAUCUGGUGAUCACUUUGAUCCCGGUGGACGUCGGUAAGCCCACGGCGAAGUCGGAGAAGGCCGCGGUCUCCAGUGGAGCCUGCCAGUGGGAGAAGCCAAUCUAUGAAACAGUCAAAUUCGUCCGAGAGCCGAAGACCGGAAGGAUCAAUGAGAAAGUCUACCACAUCCUCGUCUCCGCGACUGUGAGCACCGGAUCUUCUUCUUCUUCUUUCUCAGUGGAUGGGCGUCGCCUUGGAGGGUUCCUCUUACCUCACCUCGUCUGCAGGGUUUCCCGAAGGCAGCCCUUCUUGGAGAAGCGACCAUCGACUUCGCGGGCUACGUCGAGGCCAUCAAGCCUUCCUCUGUGUCUCUCCCACUCAAGGCGUCUGAUUCCAAUGCUCUCCUGCACGUAAGCAUCUGUUAUCUAACAAUUUUGUUUUCCUAAAUGACUCGACAGUAUUGUGAGUCUGCUCUUGAUCUCUGGGCUGCUGGUCGAAUGGGCAGGUCACGAUCCAAAGAACGCAGGAAGCAGUCAGGGGAAGGUAAGAAUCGGACCGAUCUGAGGAAGGUAGGUCGAUCUCCUCUGCUCUGAUAAUUUAAAUGGCAUGCUUCCUUCGAUCUUUCUGUGCAGAGAGACUGAACGGAAUGGCGAAACCAUGGCGAAGCCCCAAAGAAAGACGUUGAUGAGCCAGCUAAGCAAUUCUGAUGUGGUAGAGGACCCGGAAAAUGCCAGAGACAUCAACGGAUUCGCCAAUGCUGUAAGGGUCUUCUUCCCCUUCUUCUCUACCUCAGGAGAGGUGCCAUAUCAGAGAGGGCUUCCUUCUUCACUUCAUGAAUCCUCCAGGGGAAACAUAAGCAAUUCUAAAUGCCAAUUGAUAUCCUCCUCCCCUCUGCAGGAGAGACCAUCAGCCAAUGGGGAACGGAUGAGGUUCCCAUCUGCCAGGGCCGUGGUUCAGGACUUGGAAUUCAAUGCUGACCUCAGAACAUCAAGAAGCUUUGAUGCGGUAUCGGCGUCGUGGUCGGACACCAGCUCAGGAAGGUACACGCCAGGGGACAGCACACAUAGGAGCACCAUUUUCCGGCAGGAUUCGACGAGCCUUCUGUCGCCCUUGGGGAACACUGAGACUCCUCCAAGGCCGAUGCUCAGCCCCACUGAUUAUGGAGAUGAUCGGAGGUCAAACGUGGAGUGGGCUGCCAGUUCGGCGCCCAAUGGGAGUGGGGAAGAGGGCACAGGCCAUUCAGAUGAAUCUUUCAGGGAGCUCAAGAACGAACUCGUUGCCCUGGCGAGGCAAGUGGAGGUGUCGGACCUGGAGCUGCAGGCUCUCAGGAAGCAGGUGGUGAAGGAGAGGAAGCUGGUGGUGGACCUUUCAAAGGACCUGAACAGUACGAGAGAGGAGAGAGACAAGUUUAGACGGGAGUGCGACGAACUCAUGGCCUCAGGUGGGAAGGAACCUGAGGGGGGGGAGCUGAGAUCCAUGCUAGAAGAGGUCAGGCAGGAGCUGGAUCAUGAGAAAAGCCUGAACGCUAAUCUCUGCCUGCAACUCAAGAAGAUGCAAGAUUCUAACUCGGAGUUGAUGCUUGCAAUUAGAGAUCUGGACGACAUGUUGGACCAGAAAAAUAGGGAAACAUCAAAUGGUGGCUGUGAGCGUGUGCUGGAUGACCCGGCAAGAGAUGGCGGUCGUCACGAGAAGAAGCAUGAAAAUGGCUUCUCUUAUGUCCGGCAAUCGGAAUGCAAUGGGCGGUCAUGUAAGCCUCAGUAUGUAGAGGAGGAAGAGGAGGAGGAGGAUGAUGAGCAAUAUGCUCUCGAAGCACUGGUCAAGCAACGGGAGAUCAAAAUGGCGCUUUCACUAGAACAGAAGAUUGUGGAAUUGAACAAUGAAAUAGAGAUGCACAGGAAGGAUCGUGAGGAGCUGGAAAUGCAGAUGGAACAGAUUGCGCUGGACUAUGAGAUCUUGAAGCAGGAAAACCAUGAUAUUUCCUCGAAGCUGGAGCAGAUCCAACUGAGGGAGCAGCUCAGGAUGCAGUAUGAGUGCUCGGCCCAUGUAUCUAUUAUCAAUGAACUUGAAGGCCAAGUAGAGAAAUUGGAGACAGAGCUUGAGAAGCAGGCUGAAGCCUUUGAAGCCGAUCUAACUGUCCUCACCUCUGCUAAAGUUGAGCAGGAGAAGAGGGCCAUACAGCUUGAGGAGGCACUGAGAAAGGCAAAGCAGAAAAAUGUGAAGAUUGCUGAAUGUCUCAUGGAGGAGCUUCAAAGACUCUCAAUCCAAAUGUCAUCUAUGUUUGGCAAAAAUGAGAAACUGACCGUUCAGGCCCUGGCCGAGGCUGGUCAGCUACGCCUGAGGAACAGCCAGCUUGAAGAAUUGCUGAAGAAAGUCAAUCAGGGGGCUCUAUCAGUGAAAGAUCGUCAUAGAUCACAGAUUGAGGAUUUUGAGAGUGAGGUAGAUCUCAGCAAGGGACGCAUAGAGCAACUAGACGUGAAACUUAGACAGAAGUCUGAAGAACUAGAGAAAGAAAAGAGAUCAAAGGCCGAGCAGAAUGUAGCUUUCACUGAGGAAAUUAUUAAACUCAAAACACGGAUAGAAUCGCUAGAAAAUGAGAAAAACGAUAUUUAUGGGCAAGUAAAACGGAGAGAUGACUCUGGGGACCGUGUGAAGCAAUCAAAUGAAUCAGUCGAAGGAACUGGUAGGUUGCUGCCAAAUGGAAACAUCAAAGGGGAGGUGAUCCAAAGAGAAUGUUCAUCAACGAGAGAAGAAGCAGGGAGGUUACGUGAUGAAUUACACGACCCGAGGUUUGAGAAAAAGGACGGUGAAUUGAUAACUAGGACACUAAACUUAGAACCGGCCGCCUUGGAAACGGAGAAGAGCAGCUUAGGCUCCUUGUUCGAGAAGGAGCACCAGAACAAGACCCUGGCGAUCCAGGUAUCACACCGGAGAGAGGAUUGUCAUCUUCGUGCCUCCCUGCCCCCCCUCCUCUCACCUUCCCACCUCUCCAGUCUCUUGCUCUCCACAUAGUCAAGCAAAGAGAUAGUAAUCACUUUCAUGGCACAAACUAUAUAAAAUAUAGAUGAAAGCAUUAUUUUGUAAACCAGAAAUGUACUUAUCUUUACCAUGUUCUGCAGGCCGAGGCAAAGCCAAUCAGUGGAUCAUCCGAGGCUACAAGAGAUUCACCUUCGGAGAUACGUUUAACCAAGGUAAUUACUCAAUCUCAGAGGUGCAUCAUUGGAAAUUUCUUCUGGUAUAUUCCUCUGGAGAAGAGACCUUGUUGUCGAUAGGUCUCUCUUAUAGCACCACAGACUAGUGAUUCUUUGACCUGCUGUUUUGUUCGUCUCUAAGUAUGGUGCUUUCCACCCAACUUCUUACAUUUCAUGGAGAAAUCAAUGAUUUAUAGGGCCAUCCCAGAUGAAUAUGAAAACAGAUAUAUUCUCCUCUGGAUUAACAAAACGAAAAUUAUUACUAAACAUGGAAAUUUUGAAAAAAAAGGAAAGAAUAUAUUCUACUGUCAUCCAUUUACGCAGAAACAACUCACCAAAAGUAAAUGAUAUUCGAUGUUUUUUACCGUCACCUAUUACACAGACCCUGGAAUGUGUAUUCUAAUUACUGGACGCAAUCGCCGUUUUUGCUCAUUAUGUAUGGCGAAUGUAAGUUACAGGACCAACAUAUAAGGUAAUAAGCAAGAUUUAGUAAGCGACAGUGAUAUUUCAGCUUAGAUAGAGUGCAGAAUAUUAUGUAAGAGUAUCGAUUCUUUCUUUUCCCUGACUGUUAAUUUGAAAUAGGGGCACAGUCAUCAACUGAUGAGAACUCAAGAGUAAUUUGAUUUGAUGCAGGAGGUUGUGAAUAUAGAAUUUGGGCUUGAUGAUGAAAUUCUCCUCUCGCCAAACCCAGAAGGGAGAAAGUUCACAUGUGCUACCAAUGCAAUGCAUGAAGAAUCGAUCGAUAGGUAUAAAUUUCAUGAGCAAUAAACUGCAUAUUAAUCCUCAUUGGAAGUCAGAGAUUCCCGUGCAAUAUUUUGUGAUGCGCGUGAAUCAUUUGCCAGCGUCCUCAUAAACACUUAAACAUUUGCCUGCAGCAAAAUUGGAUUCCGUUCAAAGAUAGAAGAGGAGGCUUCAAAUGGCUUUCCUAGUGACCAAUGCCAUCUCACUGAAACACUACGGGAAAUGGCAACGCUGAGGGAAGUGAACAAAUCAAUGGAAGCAGAGCUGAAAGAAAUGCAAGAAAGGUACUCGGAGAUAAGCCUCAAAUUUGCACAAGUGGAAGGGGAAAGGCAACAGCUUGUGAUGACAGUCCGCACCCUGAAAAAUGCACUGAAAGUUUGA